CGCUCCGCCCGGCACGGCCCGCACGCGCCACCGGAAGCGCCCGGCAGGUCCCCGCAGCGCCGCCAUCGCCGCCGCCGCCGCCGGCGCCUGGGGCCUCCGCAGGGUCGGGCUGCCCGCCGCGCUGCCUGCGCCGACGACCGACGGAGACGCGAGAGGAGUCCUUCAGGCUGCAAGGCCGGGUAGAGCCCUGCCCAUUGCCCCAUCACGGAUGCUGGAGGCCCCGCCCCUGCUGCUGGCAGCUGGCGCCCUUGUCCUGGUGCUGCUGGCGUUGCUGUGGCUGCUGCAGGCCUUGCGACUCUGGGGCCUGUUCAUCAUUGGCUGGAACGAGCUUGUCCUGCACCCCAUCCGCAACCUCCUCAUGGGCAACAGCAAGGAGCAGCGCAUUCUGCACCACGUGCUGCAGCACGCGGUGGCCGGGGACCCGCAGAGCGUGCUGGACACCAUCGACGCCUACUGCUCGCAGAAGGAGUGGGCUAUGAACGUGGGCGACAAGAAAGGCCAGAUCGUGGACGCCGUGUUGAGGGAGCAGCGUCCCUUGGUGCUGCUGGAGCUGGGUGCCUACUGUGGCUACUCGGCUGUGCGAAUGGCCCGCCUGCUUCUGCCCGGCGCCCGGCUGCUCACCAUCGAGCUUAACCCUGACUACGCCGCCAUCACCCAGCAGAUGGUGGACUUCGCAGGCCUGCAGGACAGGGUGACCGUUGUCGUCGGGGCAUCCGAGGACAUCAUCCCCCAGCUGAAGAAGAAAUAUGACGUGGACAUUGUGGACAUGGUCUUCCUCGAUCACUGGAAGGACCGGUACCUGCCAGACACACUCCUCCUGGAGUCACGAGGAGCAGUCGUCACCAUGAAGGAUUUUAGUGUUUUUCUAGAUACAAGGAGAUACAAGAAUUGGGCUUAUAAAAUCUUCUCCUGAAAAUACCUAUCUGAAGACCUGUUCUGCCAGUUUUUCCCGGAGUGCCUCAUUUCAGCUCUCCACCUGAACUCCUUUCAGGGAGUGUUGACAGUCAGCAGCUGCAGCAGCAAAUGAUUUAAUCCUUGUAGAGGUAGAUGGUAAGCGCCAAUGGAAAAUGCCGAUUCAUAGCCUGGCCGGGAUGGGCCCUGCCAAGGGCAGCCCUGGGGGCCCGGGAGGCCUGGGCCAGCCUGCCUGCGGUUAGGACGUGGAGGGGAGUGCAGGGCCCUGGGCGGGGUGGAGACUGGAGGAACGGGGAUCCCUGCAGGGCAGCCUGUGCCAGGGUGGCUGGGAGGGGUGAACACCCGGGGCUUCAAGGGCUUGAGCCCGGGAGGCAAGAGGGAGGCAGCCUGGUGACCACGCGGCUCUCCUGACUGGGUGGCAGGUGCUGACCAGGGAAAGACGCGUCUCCUGCCCACCUUCCUCCCCAGGCUCCCUGUUGUUCGCCCCCUGUGCCCCCACCCCCCUGUGCCCACCCCCAGGCUGUCCAGCCUCAGUGCCAGCUGCUCCUCCGGCACCACGUGGUAGCCGGGCAGUUGCCUCGCCCCCAGGUGUGUGGAACUCAAUAUUGAUGACCACCACCUUGUCCCUCCCGAGCGGUCAAGGGGACACAGCGGCUGGGGACGCUCUGCCCCACCACGGCCUCCAGCCCGGCAGUCAUAUGGGGCUGACCCUUGUUGUCAGUCCCCUGCUCGCCCACCUCAGCUCCCCCACAGGCCUGGCAUCGCCCAGCACAGGGGGACCGUGGGCGUGGGGGGCACGGCUGCUUGAGCCAUAGCUGGGGCCGGGCAGGACCUUGCACCAGUGGUGUUGGCAUGGGUGUGGUGGGCCUGGUGCCUGGACGUGGCGAGAAGGAACCAGCCCUGGCUGGGGUGGUGUGAGGGUGCAGGAUGGUCUGGGACUGGGCAGGGUGGGGGCAGUGGGCCAGGGCUGUGUGUGGAGGGCUUGACCACACAGGCAGGGCACGGAGGAGGGCUUCAGGCAGGUGAGGGCAGGCUAGACCUGUCUUCCGGAGAGCUCCUGUUGGCUGCGUGGAGUGGGGAGGGGUGGCGGUGCAGGGGACACAGACCAGGAGCUGCACGGGGACCUGUGCCGGCCGAGACAGGUGGCAGUGGGGGGCUGGCACGGAGGCCCUCGGGCCAGAGCGGGGGCGGCCACGGGGAGCACAUCUGGGCAACUGAGCAGCUGGGCCUGCGUCACUGGGAUGGGAGGUUUCAGCAGCUUUGGGGUGUGUGAUAAUUACGGGGCGUGCAUUGAUAGGAAAGCAGCAAAUAUUGCCCUUAGUAACUAGGAAACUAAUAGUUUUCUCGGUGCCACUUGUUCAAAGCUGGUAAUUAUCUCAAAAGAAGAAAAGUUGUGAAUUGGGAACGUGCGCUCUGAAGCCCUGCAGCCGGGCUCUGCUUGGGCCUGGCUGCUCCCCCUGGGUUGGGGUGAGGGGCUGGCAGGGAAGGUGGCCGUUCAGACCAGGAGCUGCUUUGAGGCGGCCUCGGUCCCCCAUUGCUGCUUGGGUGUCCUCCCAGCAGGGCAGCUGGCUUCCCCCAGAGACAGACAGAAGCCACACGGUGGCUGGAGUCUCAGCCCAGCCCACACCCUGGGCGGAAGGAGGGAGGGUCAGGGAACAGUGGUCCCGGCUCUGGUCCUCUGAAUGCCGUUCCCUCCCUGAGGCCAGCACACAGCCUUACUCGGACGUGGGCUUCUGGCCAGAACUCUCCAGGGCUCUGUCCCCGGGCGGGCGGCCCGGCUUUUGCAUCCCUCCUCCAUGAUUAACUUGUGGGUUUAGCACCUGACUUGUUGAGCCCACCUUGUCCACCUGCGUCCUUCAGCACGAGCUCCAGCUCGCUUUGGGCGUUUCCUGCCCAGACCUGAGAUGCCCUCCUGGGGCUGGGCAGGGCUGGGGGGCGCCUGCUCCCAGGCUGCCCUUUCUCAUCAGGAUUGCUGGGAAGUUCCUUUUCUUUUUCUAAGAGAAAUGCUCCAUGAUUCAAGAGGUACUUUGUUCAAAUUCUGGCUCAUGGUUUGUCCCAGCCUCACUGAUCUCACAGCUGUGUUUUCCACUCUGGCCUGAGGGCCCUUGGCCUCCCAGUCAGCCCAUGGGCUGGAAGGGAGGCAGCCACCACCAGGGAGACUGGAGGGCUGCACAGUGGACCCCGCAUUCCUAAGUCACCAGGGGGUGCCCGUCUGUCCCUGUGGUCCCGCUGGCAACUUAAGACAUGCCUGGGGCCCUUGCUUGAUUUUGCUUUCUGUGUUUGGGAUUGCUUUCUUUUUUUUUCUUUAUUUAAUGAUCAUGUAAAGAAAACUCUGAGCUUCCAACAGAACAACUGGGCUGUCCCUUCACCCCCUCCCCCAGGCAAACAUUUCCUCUCGAGGUAUUUCCUCUUUCGAUUUUUGAUGUAAUCUAAGCAUCUCCUCCCCCAGCUUAGAGAGACUGCAGAGGGACACGGGAGGUCCAGCUGCUCCUCCCUCUGCAGAGUCCAGGCCCGGAACACUGGCCAGCUGCCCAGGGCCCAGGCGCUGGUGGAAAUGGGGUGCCUCAGAGUGGACCCGAGGGCCAGGCUUGUGGGUGGGUGGGGAGGUGUGCCCCAUCUCUGCCCUGCAACAGUCACCCUGGUCAGGCCGGAUUGAACCUCCAGUGACCGCUGACAGCAGCCCACACACUGGGCACCAGGCAUCUCUCUGACCUGGAGGAGCCCCGUGUUCCUGGCACCCGGUGACCAAGGGACCCACUGGCCUUAGUCACCACUGUGGCUUUCCCAAUCCUGGCCCCGUCACCUCCUCCACUCACACCUCCAGCUAGCACUUAGUAAGCACCUGCUGUACUGAGGAGGCAGGAGGAGCAAGGAGACCCCUGCCCAGCACAGCCCUUUCUGGCCGCUGCCAGUGAGGAGCUGGCGCAGGGCUGACCCCAGGUUAGGCCACCCUCACCUCCUCCAACCAUCCG